AAUUUAAAUAUAUAUGGACGCAGUAUUCACAAAUUUUGUAUUUGCAGGCUUCCAACCCACUAGACGUGGUGUCAAGACCAGGAUCAGUGGCACACCAACUUUUACAGAAGGACUCCAGACUUCUUGACCCCAUGUGUCCUAAACCAAAGAAACCUGGGAAGUGGUGUGCAAUGCAUGUCCACAUUGCAUGGCAACUUUACCAUCAUCAGCAAAAAAUUAAGAAGCAGAUGCAGAUUGAGCCACAUAAAUUAGACUUUGGGUUUAAGCCUGAGUUUCUGAACCGAUCGCCUGGCUCAAGCUUCAUGGGAUUGCAGCCACGUGAUUUACCCCGCCCCUCCACCAUACUCUCUAAUGCAGGUCCCACACACCCUUCAGUUUCGCCCUAUGGAUCCUUACCGCACACCCCAAACAAUCUCCACAGUGUAGUCCCCCAUCAUGAGUCUCUUAAUAAGCCACUCACCUUUGGAGGCCUAAGUACACUGAGUUCAUCUGCCUUUGGAGGACUAGGAAACCCAUCACUAACACCAAAUGCAGCACAUGGGACUAAAGAUGGUAAAACGGUGCCAACUUCAAGUGGACCACUAGAGCCCUGGAACAGACUGCACCAGACGCCCUCAUCCUUCCCGACGCCCUCUUUGUGUUCAAGGCCUUCUGAAACCGAGAGAGCUCCCUCCAUACCGGACAGAGCAGCAAAUAAGAGAGAUUCCCUAGAGAACAAAGAUGACGAGGAAAGGGAACCAAAAGAUAAAUCAAAUGGACGGCAUUUGUCCCCCAUCAGAAAUAGUGCACUGGACAACAAACAACCAACAGAAUCCUUGAAAAGUUCCUCUCCAAAUGAGCCCAAGGAAGAGGACCAGGCAAGAGAGAAAAGACAAGUCCAAGAGCUUCCACAACAAACUCGAGAAACUGAGGAGCAAAAACACAAAGAGAUCCAAAGUGACAGAAGAGAAAAGGAUGUGAAAAGCAAGCAGCAGCCCACCGAUGACAAGCCAGCAGGAAAGGAGAGUUCAUCACCCAAGCAGCAGAGAGAGGAUCUCAAACGGCCAAACAGUGAUAGCCAACCCUGGGAGCCAGCUGAGAAGAAGAUUAGAGUAGAGUAUGAACCCCAUGCCAAAAGCAGCAAGGUGAGAGUGAAGGAGGAGAAGAGAGACGACCAGGACCAUGAGGUUACAACACACCAUAAAGUUUCAGAAAAAACAUGGCAGGAUCCCAGAGCCCCUGCUAUUAACCCUUCACCUCUUUCAACUCUUCCUUUGCCAAUAGGAAUCCCAGCUGGCCACCCUGGUCUUGACAGAACUAGGCUGGUUUCACCUUUUCUGGGAAUGGGUCCACUACCUGGUGCCGAAAGGCUGCCUUACUCGCCUCAACACUGGGAGUCUAUGCGGAAUGUUUACCGGGGUUUAGAUCUUCCUCGUAGGGACUCCUUGGGCAAGGACCUCUUAAUAAGAACCGACCCCCUGCAACGUGCCAUGAUGGGACACCCUGCUUACCUACGAGAGCCAUUUCUGCAGUCCAUGGUCCUGGAGCAAAGGAGUCAAAUGGAGGAACGGCAACGCCUGGCCUUCCUGAGAGAAGAGAGCGAGCGUAGCCGCCUACUGACUUUGCAUCAUACUGCACUGGAUCCUCACUUACCGCCUCCAGGACUCCUCACGGCAGCUUACCCCUGCACAGGGCUCCCACAUUACAGCUCGCUCAGUAGGACUCUACCUGCUGCUUACGUACACGCUCAGCCACACCCACUUUUCCCAAUGCUGGCAGCACAUCCAGGGUCUCCGAGACGGAUGACCCCUCUCACAGACAGACCUGUUUCGCACCCACACUGAAACUCGGUGAACUGGACUUCAUCAGAAUCUGAUGGACUCCUGUAUAUCAAGCACUUCAUGUGAAACAAUGUGUAGUCAUGAAAUGUACAGUGGUGGAAAUUAUUAUUUUUU